AUGGACUUACCUGCAUCGUCAGGCUUCAAUUUUAUUUUAGUUGUAGUAGGCCGGCUUUCAAAAAUAGCUCAUUUUAUCACCUAUAACAAAGCUAUUAACAUGGUACAAACUGCAUACUUGAUACUUAAAGAAGUAAUUCAUCUCCACGGUAUUCCAGAAAAUGUAUCAGACAGACAGACUGAAUUCUUCUAUAAUAACUCAAUUCAUACUUCCACGAAGAAGGCACUAUUCUUCGCUAAUUAUGGGUUCAAUCUCUGUUUUGACAUACAUGUACCUUUAAAUUCAACAGUUCCCUCAGCUAAGAACAAGGCAAUUCAGUUGUAG